AUGUACGUACACCGAUACAACCCCAUCUCCAGUGUUACCAUUCCAACCGACACCAUCACUGGAUUUAAUACCACGUUGGCUACCUUUCGAACUACUAUAAUUGCAUCUUGGAGUGAAAGCAGUGCUACCGCUCGACGAUUAAGUGGCGGAGCAUCACGUUCCAGUGACCUAGGUCCACAUCAACUGGUACUGGCUUUACAACCUGACCUUAGUCUAGGACUUGGAUCAGAUUCUGUCACCAAUCCUUCGUUCUCAUCCUCGGCUACUGGUCUUCCCGCUAGCGUAGACGAUCGAGAUGCUGGAUUUGUGUGGCGAGAAUGGCGAGGCCCCGUGGUACGAACCUGGAAGAUGGAAAACUACCUGAUACGAGUUGAUCGGCCAUGUCUACGACGAAUUCCCGGAUGGUUCUUGCCAGAUAAUAUUCCAAAUAGCGGAUCAAGCUCAGCCAGUGCCGAAUCAUUUGAGUAA